AUGACCGACUAUGCGCAGCACGGCUACGGCGCCGCACCACCAGCGCCGCGAGACGAAGGCGGCAACAUGGCCGGGUUCGGCCUGCGGCGCUUCCAGCGCGACGCAGAGGACCAGGAACGGGUACGUCAGCGUGCGCUCUGGGAGCAGGAGGAGUGCGCUCGCAUCGAACUCGAAAGACGACACCACCACCAGCUGCUCUACCAACAGCAGCAACAGCAAGAGCAGCAGCAGCAGUGGGAAGCGGACCAGAGAUGGCAGCAGCAGCAGCAGCAGCAGCAGCAGCAGCAGGCCUUCAGCAGCAGCUACUUUCACCGCGACCAGCAUGCGUACCCAGCCCCGGACGGCUAUCACGCCGCGACAAGCCGAGGCGCUCAUCACGGCGUGCACCGCAGCGACUCUGGGCACUCGCAUGGUAGCGACAGCGCCGCCUACGAGACCGCCUACGCCGACUCUUCGGCCCUCUACGCAUCUCCGGCAACGAUACCCCCGCCUCUACCGAGCCUUGGGCAGCAGGCGUCUCACCACUAUCCGGCUGCCCAGCCGCGGUCCAACACGCUCGACUCGAGCAGCUCCGGCUCAGUCCUUGGGCUGGCGUACGACCGCGACAGCGUCGCGAUGACGGUCAGACCGAGAAACAGCGACCAGACCGUACACCGAGCGUCGUCAACGACGACAUCGGGGCCGCACGAUCCGAGCUACUGCAGCAAUGACACGGUCGCGCCUGCGCGGCGGAGAUCAAAGGCCUCGAUGCACACGUCCUUUGACCGCGAGACUCGGUACGAAGACGACUUCGAGGAGGCCGAGGGCGACGAUGACGACGACGACGACAUCACGCCUUCGGGCUGGGCCACCGUCAGCCGUUUCAGCCAUUUCGUCAGCUCCGAUGCCGGGGCGUGGCGCUCCAAUCACGGUGCAAGCAGCGACGACGACCGAAUGCCUGCGCUGCCUUCGAUACCCGGGCCGCCCGCGCCGAAGAAUCACAACCGCGCGACAAUGUUUGUCGAGGAACUGCCCAAGGCCAAGUGCGCCGACUGCGGCGAGCUCUUCAGCUUCGAGGAGCUGUCCGACCAUUCGUGCAUCCCGCGCGGUCCCAGCCAGGCGUCGAUGCUCACCAUCAAAGUGCCGUCGCCCAGCCUUGACUUCGGCCCAAGCACGCCGAGCACGCCCUCGACUGCCGGGCUGGGACCGCGGUCUCCCUUCUUCGACAAGUACCAGCACGUGGUGGGCGACAAUGGGCGGCUCAGCCCGGCCUUUGCCGUCUCGACGCCUGGCUCGACGCGCUCCGAGUUCCUGUCGAGAUUCGAGGGCAGCGGCAGCAGCAGCGCCUCUGCCGCCACGUCGCCGAUCGAUCCGACCCAUGCGCCACCGACCUCCAAGGGCAGCGUACCUGCGCUGGUCGAGCCUGCCGCGACGGGCAUGCAGCGAUCGGCCAGCGAUGGCGAACGCGAGGCGCUCGAGCGGAGGCGGAUGAUCGAGCAGCAGCGGGCCGCCAAGAAGCAGGCGAGCGCUGCGGCGGCUGCCACCACCGUCAUGGCCGCCUUGCGCCUGCAGAAGGCGGGCAGAGACCACCAGGCGGGCCAGGAACGGGCAGCGGGCUCCAGCUCGGCCAGAGACGCUGCUAGGCCGCAGGGUCGGGACGUACCUCAUCUCAAGCAGCCGUCGUCGUCCUCGGUCUCGAGCCACGCAUCGUCACACCUCGACCCGGUCUUUCCCAGCGGAAACGGCUCGGCUCGACAGCGGCAGCACAGCGAUGGCACGACGAGCAGCGCCGCUCUGACGCCGAGCUCGAGCUACGACCGUUUCACCGAGACGACGUCGUCGCCGGCCACGACGUCGUACAGCCCGGUCGCGGCGACGGCACGCAGCGGCGUGAGCAGGUCGGGCACCAAGGUCGAGAUUGACCUGGCGGGCAUCGAGGAUCUCAUGAAGGGCCUCACGGCGAGCCCGCAGUCCAUGUCCAAGGAUCUCGGCGCGGACCCAAAGGCAGGGCGUCGCGGCGGCGACCGCGACGGCGGCGACGGCCAUAUCAACGACGACGACGACGACGACGAGCAUGGCGACGACACGCGAGGCCCUGCCGGACGCUCGACCUCGACAUCGUCAGACGUGUCCGAGAGGCAGCGCAAGGAGCGCGAGCGGCAGCGGGAGCGGGAGCGGCAAGAGGAGCUGGAGCGGGAGGUGCGGCGGCGGCGGGAGCGGGACCUGGAUCGGGAGAUUGAGAGGCUCAAGGAAAAGGAAAAGAUCCGCCAGCUGCUCAAGCUGCAGAAGCGGGAGCGCGAGGCCAAGAAGCGCGAGGCGAAGCGGUGCUGCAUCUGCCAAUGCUCGCUGUCGUCGAGCCGGACGCCGUUUGUGGAGCGGGACGGCAAGCUGCUGUGCGCCAAGGACUGGAAGGAGCUGUACCUGCCCAAGUGCCGCAAGUGCGGGCUGUCGGUGGAGCGCGGGGCGGUCAAGGCGUCGGACGGUGCGCUCAAGGGCGUCUUCCACCGGUCCUGCUUCAGCUGCUUCCGGUGCGACGGCGCGUUCGACGACGGCAGCUUCUACGUGCACGGUAACCAGCCCUACUGCGCGCGGCACUACCACGAGGCCAACGGCAGCGUGUGCCGGUCGUGCGGGCGGGGCGUCGAGGGCGACUGCCGCCAGACGGAGGCGGGCGACCGCUUCCAUCCGCAGUGCUUCCGGUGCGAGUACGACAGCAAGGGCCUCGUGUGCCGCCAGUUGCUCGACGAGUACUUCAACGUCGACGGCCGCCGGCUGUGCGAGGCGCACGCGGGCAAGGUCAGCCGGCGCCUCGAGCGGCAGGGCAAGCGCGGCCUCGACCUCAAGGCCGACCGGCGCCGCACCAUGCUUCGCGUCGUCUGA